CGGGGAGGCUACUGGGAUGAUUGCGGCGAUGCCCGGGAGGGGGAGCAGAUGGUCGAGAUAUGUAGAUGGAUCUCCGCGCGUGGUACGCGAUUGAGCAGGAGGUGUCCAGGCCAGGGGCUCGCGCGGGAAAAGGUAGAAAAUACGGCGGAGGGUACUGCUGGGACUGUGGCGCGGGGCGGGACGAAUAAAAGAAAAUCAUGCAGCGGCGUGGGAAAGUGGGCAGGCAACACAUGCUGCAUGUGCCUUCAUUUCUCCCUCACCUCAUCCAUCCGCUGCGCUCGUCCGCAAACCCGACGCGCGACUCGACUGUCUGCUCAUCGCCAUUCACGACCCGCACGACAAACCCGGCGGCGCAACGCACGCUAUUACGACCGACCGCAUCGACCGCAGCCCCCUCCUUCUCUCCCACACGUCUUUCGUUUACGAUUACCGGCUCUCCCCCUUCUGAGAUAUGGACAACUGGAGAGUUGCAGUACUAGGCGAUGGUGGGGUGGGCAAAACCGCUCUCGCAGUCCAGUUUACGCUAAAUUGCUUCGUUGAGACUUAUGAUCCCACAAUCGAGGACGCGUAUCGCAAGCAGCUAGUGGUUGACAAUAAAAUGUGCUUCGUGGAGGUCAUAGACACUGCCGGACAGGAGGAGUACGCGACGCUUCGCGAUCAGUGGGUACGAGAGGGCCAAGGUUUCAUCCUUGUGUACUCCAUAGCAUCCCGCUCCACAUUCGACCGGCUGGAGGUCUUCCGGCAAUCGAUGCGGCGCGUGAAGCGAGGCGACCCCAUAUUUAUGCUCGUGGGGAACAAGUGCGACAAGACCUACGAGCGGGAAGUGUCAAAGGAGGAGGGAGCGCAGCUCGCCAGACAGUUUGGCUGCGAGUUCAUCGAGACGUCGGCAAAGACCGCCCAGAACGUCGAGCGAUUAUUCACGACACUCGUCCGCGCAUUACGACAGACGAAACAAAUAGAGGCGGGACCGGGCGGUGGUCCAACCAAGCCGAAAGAAAAGGAGAAGAGGAAGUGUAUUAUCAUGUAGGGAAUUUCUUCUGGGAUUUACUGGCGUUAUAGAUUCCCUCCCCCAUUUACCUCAUUUGAUGAUACCACGGCCUUGCGCUUCGUUUUCUGCCCUCGCUGUCUUGCUUCAGCUCUACUGUCCAUUAUGUUGCAUGCAUAUCCCUUCUCUGACAUUUCUGUGCGGUCUCUCGAGUUCUAUAUCACUCAUAGGUUGUUUUCGUUGCAAUGGAGUCGUGUCUUAUCAUGCUCUCUUUCGCUACGUGGCGCUCGCGUUACGCGUACUACUACUAGCUACACGUCGGGCCACGUACGACCAAGCACCCUCAGGAGGUCGAUCGUAUGCGUAUAUGAAGAGGCGGACUCGCAGAUUAGCGUUCUGCUGUACCUACUCAUCUAUCUCUCUUACUAUCUUACCUGCACGCGCGCGAUGGUCGGGAGCGACACGAACUCUUCUUACACGUCUACCGAAGGCGAGAUUG